GCCUGUAUUUCGCUGAUGAUUCAGGAAACAGACUGACUGUACCGUGUCCAUGAACGGUCACACACAUGUUAUCAGCGACGCGUUGCGGACACAUUUUCAAACCUUGAGACUGAAAUUAAGAAGGUGGAGAUGGCUGGCGGCCGCGGACACGAAGAGCUGUUUGACAGUAUUUUCCUCGCGGAUGAAAGGUUCCGAGGGGAGGGCUACCAGGAGGGAUUUGAAAGAGGAAAAUGCAGAGGAUUGCAGGAGGGCCACAGACAUGGGGCCUCUCAUGGGGCCAAGUUGUCAACUGAGAUGUCCUUCUAUUGUGGGUUUGCCAUCACAUGGAAAUGCCUUCUCCAAAAUAAAACAGAUGUCAAAUCAAGAAAGCGUAUAAAAACUCUGGAGGCUCUCUUGGGUUUGAUCCAAAACUCUUCUCACAAUGAUCCACAGUCUGCAACACUACAGGAGGAAAUGGAGAAGCUUCGGGCCAAGUUCAGACAGGUCUGCUCUAUGUUGAAUGUCCCAACUGACUUCAAGGAUUACAUCAAAACCUCCCAAGGGACUUCUUUCUGAAUCACUCUUGAUCAUGAUGACGAGGAGGAGGAGCUGAGAGGACAUCUGCAAUCCGGACAGAGGAGAAUCAGGAUGAGCUGCUCUCAGUCAGCAGUCCUGCUGUUCGUCUCACAGGAGGCAGCAGCAGGUGACUGGUCUGUGGUGGAUUUAUUGUGUAAAGCAGUGACAGCAAGGGAGUGGUCUCUGCUCUCAGGUUCUGGUGACAUUUGGGGGAGGUCCAGGGUCCUCAUUAAUCUCGAUCAGUCAGAAGAGAUGACUGUUGUUAUCUCCAGGGGGAAUCUUUGUGUGUAACUUUGUUAAAAGACUGGAUUAAUUGCAAUGGUUCAGUGUGUAACAGGAACUGAAUUGAGAACCUGUAAAUGUAAUAAACCGACUGCAAGACAUUCAGUUGUUUUCAACACAA